AUGGAAAAGAAAAACUGGACAUUGAUUAUGACACGGCCGAACGACAGAAGACAGGGUGGAUUCGAAUCGAGACGUUCAACUCCAUUUGCAUCGGGAUCAUCUUCACGAACACCGGGUAGUGGUGGUUCAUUGAAAAUUGUCCGCCGUUCUGGUGAACGAUCAAAAAGUCCAUUCCGUAGUUUCAGGUGGAAACGCGGCACUUCACGCAACAUUGAGCUUGAGUACGAUGAAGAAGGUGCCCAAGGUGAUGCUAGUGGCGUUGAAGGUGUUUUAGUUCGCAAACACGAUUGGGAAAGUACGACCAAGAAAGCAGCUAACCGUUCAUGGGAUAAGGUUUAUAUUGUGGCUCGUAACUCCCGGUUAACGUUCUUCAAAGAUCAGAAAGCAUCAAAGGUUUUGCCAGAAGCAACGUUCCGCGGCGAACUACCAUUAAUAUUGGAUGGCGCAAGCGUUGAUGUAGCCAAUGACUAUAAGAAACGAAAACAUGUGUUCAGAAUAAAGUUUGUCAAUGGCAGCGAAUUUUUGUUACAAGCGCACGAUGAUGCCGAAUUACAGCAGUGGGUCAGCGCAUUGAAGGUACAAUGUCAAACCGCAUCGGGAAGCGAAAGCCGUUCACAGACAUUGCCCGCAUCAUCACAGCAAAAAGAUGAGACCAAAAAGAAAUCAUUCUUUACGCUGAAGAAAAAGUAAAUAUCCCAAUUUAAAAAAAAGAAACCAAGCAAACCAGCCAAUUUUCACUUUUGCAUUUCUAUAUUGCAUUAUUUCUACAAGCAAACAAUUCUUUAAACAAAACAAUGAAUUAAAUUAAAAAACAAUGUGCUUGUCAAAGUAAACAUCACACACCGACACUCUCACGAGUCACUAGAUUUAUUUGUGGAUAAAAAGAAGAAAAAAUUAACAAAGCCAAAAGAAAAAAAAACAGUGACAAAAUACAAAACACUGUUGUUGCAUAUAUGGCAUGAUGAUCGUAAUUAGCUUAAGCACGGUUUUUGUUUAAUUUUUUGUCUAUUGUCUUCUAAAUUGCCCAGUUUCGAGUGCCUGAUUUUAUCUUUUCGGUUCCUUUUAACAAUAUUUACGUUCUUUCGUCUUUCUGUAUUAUCAAUGUAGUGAAUAUAUUACUAGAGUUAAAUUCGCAUUAAGAACACUUAUUAGUUUUUUUUUAUUUCGGAUCAAAGAGAACAAAAUGUCAACCAUUCAUGUUAUUGGUGGCUUUAUUUCGUCUUAAGAUUUCAAGCUAAACUGAAUAGUCAAAUUGAAACUCAAUGUGAAAACCAUUUGGCUGAUGAGAAAAUGGGCGAAAUAAGAAUCCAAGCCGGGAGUUGUAGUAAUGGAAACAGGGAAGCAUUAAAUUAAAGGGUUUUGUUCAUUAGUAAUGAUGUUGACAGUUUGUUCUUUGCAAAAGAUGCAAAAUCGCAUGCUGAGUUAGUUUGCAUGGUUGCGAGCGGUGGCAAGAGUAUUGAAAACUUUAUUUUCUUUUGGGCAAGCUUACAUUUAUCUUUUGCAGUUAAUAUUUAAUGAGCAUGAAUUAAGUCAAACAACCAGAUGGAAAUGGAUGUGGCAAUAAUUUUCCCUUUUUCUGCAUGAAAGCGCUGAUUAUUCUUUUUCCUUUCAAUUUGCCUGUAGUUUAAUAAUUCGAUGUAAAGAAAUUUAUUAACAAUUUUAAACUCAAAUAACACGAAAAAUGAUGAAAACAAAACUUGUUCCUACCGACAAACAGUAGACUCACAAAACAACUGCACAGAAACACAUAUGCUCACACACAGACACGGAAAUGUGGUUAAAAAUUACGUUGAAUUUUUGGUGACAGUUUGUUUCUUUUUUUGGUUUAUUUGUUUAAUUUAAGACGUUUUCUGCCAAUGUGUUUCCGUUUUUUUCUGUUCAGUUCGUACAAAAAGUGUAUUUGUAUUUUAGAUUGGUGUUUAAAAGUUGAUUUGCUUAAAAACAAAACAAAAAACGAUUUUAUUUACGUAUUCAAAAUUAAUUAAGUUAUAAAAAAUGCACUCUACUGCCCAGCGAAUUAUUUUUGACCGAUUCCAAAAAAUUUCUCUUUUUUGUCAUUUUCAGUUAAACAAACUUUUCAAAUUCAUCGUCCUCGAGCACACAACAUUUUACACAGACACACUCAAUUACAGACAAAUUUACAAAAAAAAACAAACAUAAAAAUCUAUGAUAUUUGCUGUCUUAAAGAAAACUUUAAACAAACACAAAAAAAACAUGGGCCUUGCGUUGCGAUCCAGCUUUAGAAUUUUUAUGAAUUAAAAUAAACAAAUAAAAAAGUACGCAAAAAAUAUUGUUAAUGUAGCAAAACAAAAUCAACAACUCCAAAUUAAUUUGAAAGCAAAUUAAAACAAAAAAGGAACAAUCGAAGAAAAAAAGAGAAACCAUUUGAUUCCUAUACAAAUAUGAUUAUCGCAAUUUUAAUUACAUUAUUCGAGUUAUAAUUUGUUCUAUUUUUCCUAUUACUUCUUUCCAUCAAUUUUAUUAUGUUUUUUCUGUCCGUUUUUUUUUUCAUAACGCAUCCGUUUUAGCGAAUUAAAGAGCUUCAUUUAUUUAUGCAAAGAAAAAUGUAUUUUACGAGAGCAAGAACAAAAUAUCUUCAUAAUUUCCUUUGAAACUAUGUCUUCUUUUGUUGUUCAUUAUACAAAGAAACAAAAAAAAGUGAGAAAUAAACGUCCAAACUUUACACUGCGAAGGGAAAAUUUAUUUUUAAUACAAUUGCAGAACAGAAUUUGAGUGCAGUUAAUUUACACACGCAUUUUUAUGUGUUAAGUUAAAUUAAAAAAUUUAGAGAAAUAAAUUGAAAUCGCCCAAAAAUGAUGCAGAAAACACUCAGUGUGACCGAAAGAAAAAAAGCCAGCGACAAUUUCCAUUGCGAUCACAACACAGCAUCGGCGAACCACAACACUCUACAGAAAAACCGCAACAAAACAAACCGUUUUCAAAAAAUAUUCAUCUAAUAAGGUUAAAUUUAGCAUAAAAAAAAUGAAAAAAAACUACUACGUACGAUUUAGAUAUAUUAAAGUAUUUGUUUGAUUGGUUAAUGUUCUUUUUUUUAAUUUUCUGCCUGUACACGAAUUUUGAUGCAUUCAAAUCAAAGCAACAUCAACACACACACACAAAAAUCUAUAUAAUUCAAACGAUAAUAAUAAAUAUAUUAACACAAUCGUUUCGUGAUCUGUUCGAAAGGAGCUCUGUUGUGGCAUGGACGAAAACUGCCUCCAAGAAUUCCGUUAAAAUGAACCAAAUACAAAUUAGCUCAAUUUCAAACUCUUCUUAAGAUUUCAACACAUUUUGACAUAGACCAUAGUGAUCAAAAGUAUUAAAUGAAACAAAUACCAAUUAUUGAAAAU